AUGAGGAACCACCUCUGCUGCUCAGCUCCUGUCCUUCUCAUCCUGAUGGGUCUGUGGGAUCUGCUGGCGGCACAGUGUCGGUGGAGAGAGAAGUGUGUCUGUCUGCAGUGCCCAGCAGGGCAGGAGCCCUCCACGGCCUGUGGAGAAGUUGAAGGGGCUGAGGUGGUGGUGCGAUGCCAAACUUGUCCAAAAGGCACAUUCUCAGACGCCCAAGACACAGAGCAGUGCCGCCCCCACACUGUCUGUAGGAUGCUAAACCGCUGGGUCGUGACUCCUGCUACCUCAUGCACUGAUGCAGUGUGUGGAGGCUGUCUGCCUGGGUUCCACCCUGCUGCUAUACAGAAAGCCUCCACACUCCACGGCUGUGUGAGAAAACCUCUGAAGCGACUUAAGCGUAAUGUGGGUAAGGGCAGUCUGCGGGGCCCCGGGGCGGGAGUGGCCAACGCUACCAAUGUGCGCAGCCCAGAAGAGAAGAGCACUGAGUAUGCCGUGUUCGCCCUAGUGCCCAUCUUCUGUGUCAUGGGACUACUGGGAAUCUUCAUCUGUAACAUCCUGAAGAAGAAAGGCUAUCGCUGCACCGCUGAGAAAGAACCAGGAGACGAAGAAGCACCUGCCAGCCCACAGAAAGAGGGUAACCCUGGUCCAUACAUUGUUGAUGACACAAUGAAUGAAGACACCAUCAGUGUCCUGGUACGCCUCAUUACGGAGAAGAAAGAAAACGCAGCUGCUUUGGAGGAGCUGUUACUGGAGUAUGAGCGCAAACAGAUGGCAGCGAGCAAAGCCGCAUCCAUUAAGUUUCCUGUCCUCCCCCACUUGGGCCAGUUUCGCUCUUUGCCAAGGCUGUGUCCUCACCAGCACCUCCAUACUGUAAAUGGCCUGGCCUCCCGCUCAGGCACCUGCUGCUCCCGCUGCAGCCAGAAGAAAUGGCCCCAGGUGCUGCCCCCACCCGUCCUGACCAUCGACCCACACCAGACCUCCACCCUCCCUGUGAAGAGCACACUUUCUGGGGAGCCCAUGGUGCUGUCUGUGGGCAGGUUCCAGGUCGCACAGAUCCCAGAGAACAAGGCCAUCUCCCUGGGGAUGACCCCCCAUGAGUCCAGCGACACAGAUUCAGUUAACACCACCCACACCGAGCCUGCAGAGGAGAAAUGCCUUCUCAGCCUCUCUUCUUCCUCAAACUCUUCAUCCUCAAAGAGUCGACAGGAGAUGAACCUGUAA